AUGAAGAGGUAUCUUCCGGCUCCACUAAACAACGUGAUUUGUCAAGCUCAAGAUCAACCGAAUGCUCCUCGCGAACGAAUCCAGUCCUCCCCGCAUAUCAGAGACGAUGAAAUGGAAAUGGUCGAUCGAAUGGCCCGAUCCUUCGAUGAAACUGGUCUGGAUGAAAUCAACGAGAUUAUCGACCACAAUUACUACAAGGACGAAGAUACGCCGAAGAUUGUAAAAGAGGUAAACCUUUUUCUUUUUGUUUGUGUUUUUGAUACCAAAUCGUACUAAAAAUGGAUUUUAUUGCUGUUUUUUGCAAUGAAUGAUACCCUCAUUUUUUCAGCACCUCAAAUUCUCCAAUGACGACACGGAUAUUGUUUUUACUUUCGAAGAUACCUCUUCGAAGACUCUUUCUGAGCAAGACCGCCAAAAGGUCGCGACCUAUCCGCUUCCUCCCUUUUGCUCCACAGCCAACGACGUUCCAUGGAAGCGAACACACCCUGGACGGGCUGGAUUGAUUUUCCACCCAGUUCCAGUCCGUGUAACAUCCAAUUCCUUGGGAGAAGGUAGAAAUAACAUUUUGGAUAUUGGAAGGAAAUUUGGACCGCUGGGAGAACAGAACUCUUAUAAUGGAAUGGUAAAUGGAAUUAUUAGACGAGUCCAGAACUUGAUUCACACACCAAACCAGAUGGGAUCCCCUGGAUAUGAGGAGACGUAAGUUUUGGGCCAUUUUUGUUGUUAUUGGGGUCUAUUUUAUAGUUUUCAGGAUUGUUUUUUGAUGGGGAAGUUUAAAUUCAGCGUCGGAUGAUUUUUGCAGAAUACGUUUGACAUGUUGAUUUCAGAGCACGUCGUUUUUUCGCGGAGUCUCGGUAUCCAUCAACAGAAUCGAGCUCGAGUGGCUCUUCGAGCAAGGAGAACAUCCCCAAGUUCCAGAAUUCAAUCCCCAGAGUCCAGAAGCUGAAUCUGACGUCCGAUUUUGGCCCCAAGAACAGAGAAGUUCGGGAUGUUGGUCCAGUGAGAUCGUUGGCUGUAUUUUCCCAGUCACUUCCAUCUAAUCCCAAGGUGAAUAUCGACGCUGUCGGCCCUUGCGCCUAUUGUUUGUCCACUGGACAGAGGAAGACCAUUGCCUAUUCGCAUUCGAAAUUUUUGUGCCCAAUCCUGUCGUCAUUGAGACCUUGCAAAAUCUGUGGCGCUCGUGGAUUGGAUAAUCAUACCGCAAUGUAAGAGGACUUUUGGUAGCAGUCUUAUUUCCUACGAGUUUGGAAAACCCCGGCAUUAUUUAAGAUAAAUAAUGUUUUAAAUUGUACAGUUGACUUUCAGGCACUGCCCCCGUCGUCAGAAAGUUCAACUGACCCUAAACCGAGUCCAAACGAAGAUUUUCUCUGAACGGGACUUGCCAUUUAUGAAGGUUCUCCCAAAAGGCAGCUAUAAUAUGCCGAAAUGGACCUCCGAAUGUUGUUGA